UAUGUCCAGGUCUCUGAGCCUCAGGCUCCUCGGCUUUCAAAUGGGGAUGGAGAUGCCCCUCAAGAUCACGGCACCACCCCAGAUGGGACUUUGUCAUGGUUCAGGCUGAGAACAGGAGGGACCAAAGGCGCGAGCCCCACCCCUCCGCCGGCCAGGCCCACCCGACCGAACUAUCCCCUGCGGCGCGAGCCCGGGGCGGCUCCGGGCGCCCCCCAGCAGAACCCCCACCAUGGGCAGCCAGAGCUCCAAGGCUCCCCGGGGCGACGUGACCGCCGAGGAGGCAGCAGGCGCUUCCCCCGCUAAGGUCAACGGACAGGAGAACGGCCACGUGAAAAGCAAUGGAGACUUAUCCCCCAAAGGUGAAGGGGAGUCGACCCCCGUGAACGGAACAGAGGAGGCAGCCGGGGCCACUGGUGAUGCCAUCGAGCCGGCACCCCCUAGCCAGGGCGCUGAGGCCAAGGGGGAGGUCCCCCCCAAGGAGACCCCCAAGAAGAAGAAGAAAUUCUCUUUCAAGAAGCCUUUCAAAUUGAGUGGCCUGUCCUUCAAGAGAAAUCGGAAGGAGGGAGGGGGUGAUUCGUCUGCCUCCUCACCCACAGAGGAAGAGCAGGAGCAGGGGGAGAUCGGUGCCUGCAGCGAGGAAGGCACUGCCCUGGAAGGGAAGGAUGCCGCCACCCCUGAGAGCCAGGAGCCCCAGGCCAAAGGGGCAGAGGCUAGCGCUGCCUCCAAGGGAGGAGACACAGAAGAGGCAGGGCCCCAGGCCGCAGAGCCAUCCACUCCCUCGGGGCCGGAGAGUGGCCCUACACCAGCGAGCGAGCAGAAUGAGUAGCUGGGUGGGGGCAGGUGGGUGAUCUCUAAGCUGCAAAAACUGUGCCGUCCUUGUGAGGUCACUGCCUGGACCUGGUGACCUGGCUGCCUUCCUGUGCCCAGAAAGGAAGGGGCUGUUGCCCCCUAGCCACGUUCCCUCUCCUCCUCUCCCUCCUGUGGAUUCUCCCAUCAUCCAUCUGGUCUUCCUCUUAAGGCCAGUCGAAGAUGGUCCCUUGCAGUUUCCCAAGUUAGGUUAGUGAUGUGAAAUGCUCCUGCCCCUGUCCCUGCCUCCUUCCCUGUCCCCACCUGUGCAGAAGGCAGUUGCUGGUUUUUUUCCCCAGUUCUUUUCCAAGUAGGCUUUGUUUACUCCCCAAAUCCCUGAGCCAGAGGUGGGGGUGCCUACUCCCACGCCCUGAGUGUCCACCUUCCCCUGUUGUUUGUAGUCUCCUGUGCUGGGCCUAGUGGCCCCUGGGCUGGGGAGGACACUGCCCCUGUCUAGGUUUUUCUAAAUGUCUUACUCAAGUUCGAACCUCCAGCUUGUGAAUCAACUGUGUCUCUUUUUUGACUUGGUAAGCAAGUAUUAAGCUUUGGGGUGGGGGGGAGGUAUGUAAUGUGAAACAACUUCUUGUUGUCUUUUUUUUUUUUUUUCCCUCCCAUUGUGUAAAUAACUUUUAAUGGCCAAACCCCAGAUUUGUAAUUUUUUUUUUUUCUAACUGCUAAAACCAUUCUCUUCCACCUGGUUUUACUGUAACAUUUGGAAAAGGAAUAAAUGUUGUCCCUUUA